GACGCGUUCGUGGAUGCCGAUGGUCCGGACGACCGUAACGGAGUCGGGGCUACAACGGAUUGGGUCGACGUGAGGCGGCGUCGAGUUCGACGUGAGGCGAGAAAUGUAGCUCGUGGUACGGCCGCGCCCGGUUCGACGUCAUUGGAGGCGUCCGAACGUAAAAGUUACUUGCAUAUCUAUUAUUUAAAAAAAGGUACUACAGUCGAACAAAUUAUAAAACAUUUGUUAUGUAUUUGCCCAAAUGAUAAAUGUUUGGUGGAACAAUUGAAUUCGCGUGGUGACUAUGCAUCCUUUAAGUUGACAGUUCCCACAAAAAAUUUGGACACUUAUAUGUCGCCUAUUCAUUGGGCGGAGGAUGUGCACAUAAAACCAUGGCGUAGUGGAUUUCGCAACCGUAAAACGACACAAAACCCCUAAAUUAAAAACUAUUUGUAUGUUUUAUCAAAACGUGCGUGGUUUGCGCUCAAAAUUAGAUGUAUGUAAGAAUUCUAUAUUAAGUGAACAAUACGAUGUUUAUGCUUUAACUGAAACAUUUUUAAAUAGUAGUGUGUGUGACUCAGAGUUGUUUCCUAACGAUUAUGUUGUAUUGCGUAAAGAUCGGUGUAAUGAUUCAGGUUGGGGUGGUGUAUUGUUAGCUAUUCGAAAUUGUUAUGAUAUAAAAAAUAUUUGUAUUAAAAAUUACUUAAGUAGUUGUACUGAUUGUCUCGAAAUUACAGUAGCCACGGUCAAACGUAUUGAGGAUUGUCAGGCAUUACAAAACGAUAUAAAUAGCGUCUGCGAAUGGAGUAAAAUGAACCGUUUAGAUCUUAAUGAGGCAAAAUGUAAAGUAAUGACUUUUACUAGGAGUAAGUCUCCACAUCUCUAUGGCUAUAAAGUUUCGGAUAGGAUUGUAGCUAGAGAGAAUUCGAUUCGUGAUUUAGGCGUAUUAUUCGAUCGUACCUUAAGUUUUAAUGACCACAUAAUUGACUUAUGCCAGAAUGCAUAUAAAGCCCUUGGAUUUAUUUUUAGGCAGACUGCUCGUUUUAAUGACAAAACUGUUAUCAUUAGCCUUUAUUAUGCAUUUGUACGUAGUAAGCUCGAAUAUAACACUAUCGUGUGGAGCCCACAUGAAAAAAAUUACAAGUUAAUGAUUGAGAAAAUUCAACGUAAGUUCUCAAGAUGCCUUUUCCAGAAGAUGUAUGGAUAUUAUCCCUACUUAUAUCCAUCCUUGUACGUAACGGGGAUGGUUGGAAUGGAUACACUGGAACUACGACGCGAGCGCGCGCUUAUGGUUCAUUAUUAUCUGCUGUUAAAUAACAAAAUUGACAAUCCCGUGGCACUGGGGGCCUGUGGUGUGUGGGCACCGAGCUGCUCCGUGCAGUGGCGCUCGCGUCCGCUGUUCGCGGAGAGCCUGCUCCGGACGCGAGCCGCUUGGAGUGCACCCACCCAUCAUGCACUCAAUUUGUUAAAUAAAUUUUUACGUGCUAAAUCUGAAGUUGACCUAUUUAAUGUUAAUAUUGUAUCGUUUGUCUCUAAUUGUACCUUAUUUUUAAGUCAGACUUUCUAAUAAUUGUUAUCUUUGUGCGUUUUGGUAUGUUUUGUACUGUAAGUCAAAGAUGUAUAAAUGAAUGAAUAAAUAAAUAAAUAAAUAA